AUGGGUUUUGGGUGGCAGCGGCCGGGGUCCUUGGAGCAGCAGGGUGGGGUAUUUCCGAGCCAGGACCCCCUGGACCGAGCGGACUUCAACGCCGUGGAAUACAUCAACACCCUUUUCCCCACCGAGCAGUCUUUGGCAAAUAUCGACGAUGUGGUGAAUAAGAUCAAGCUAAAAAUAAGACGACUGGAUGACAACGUUCGGACUGUGGUGAGAGGACAGACCAAUGUAGGACAGGAUGGCCGCGAGGCUCUGGAAGAAGCCCAGAAGGCGAUUCAGCAACUUUUUAGCAAGAUCAAAGACAUAAAAGACAAAGCAGAAAAAUCAGAGCAGAUGGUUAAAGAAAUCACACGUGACAUUAAGCAACUGGAUCACGCCAAGCGCCACCUGACCACCUCCAUUACGACGCUGAACCACCUCCACAUGCUGGCCGGUGGAGUGGAUUCCCUGGAAGCCAUGACACGGAAGAGGCAGUACGGGGAAGUGGCCAAUCUUCUUCAAGGCGUCGUCAAUGUUCUGGAACACUUCAACAAGUACAUGGGGAUCCCACAGAUUCGCCAGCUUUCAGAAAGGGUGAAGGCGGCACAGAAUGAGCUGGGCCAGCAGAUCCUGGCAGACUUUGAAGAAGCGUUUCCUUCCCAAGGCACAAAGAGGGCUGGAGGGCCCACCAACGUUCUCCGGGACGCCUGUUUGGUGGCCAAUGUCCUGGACCCCCGAAUCAAGCAGGAGAUCAUCAAGAAGUUCGUUAAGCAACACCUCUCAGAAUACUUGGUCCUCUUCCAGGAAAACCAAGAUGUCGCCUGGCUGGAUAAAAUUGACCGCCGUUAUGCGUGGAUCAAACGCCAGCUGGUGGACUACGAGGAGAAGUACGGGCGCACGUUCCCCCCGGAGUGGAGUAUGACGGAGCACAUCGCGGUCGGCUUCUGCCACAUCACCAGGACGGAGCUUGCCAAGAUCAUGCGCACCCGGGCAAGAGAGAUCGAGGUGAAGCUGCUGCUUUUUGCCAUCCAGAGGACCACCAACUUCGAGGGCCUCCUCGCCAAGCGCUUUUCGGGCUCCACCCUGUCCGACGCCGUGGCGAAGAAGGCCGAAUCACCUCUCGCCUCCACCAACCCCUUCCUGGAAGACGAGACCACGUCGUCGGAGGGGGAUGACACCCCUUCGGAAAAAGCGGAGGUGGAUAAACCCAAGAAGCCGAAAGCCCCGGAGAAUCCCUUCCACGGCAUCAUUUCCAAGUGUUUUGAACCUCACCUGUACGUCUACAUCGAAUCCCAAGACAAAAACCUGGGCGAGCUGAUUGACCGUUUCGUGGGGGAUUUCAAAGCCCAGGGACCCCCCAAACCCAACGUGGACGAAGGCGGGGCGGUCCUGCCCAGCUGCGCCGAUCUCUUUGUCUAUUAUAAGAAGUGCAUGGUCCAGUGCUCACAGCUCAGCACCGGCGAGCCGAUGAUCGCCCUCACCACCAUCUUCCAGAAGUACCUGCGCGAAUACGCCUGGAAAAUUCUCUCCGGAAACUUGCCAAAGACCACCAGCAGCAGCGGAGGGCUGACCAUCACCAGCUUGCUGAAAGAGAAAGAGGGCUCGGAGGUGGCCAAGUUCACGCUGGAGGAACUCUGCUUGAUCUGUAGCAUCCUGAGCACGGCGGAGUACUGCCUGGCGACGACUCAACAGCUGGAGGAAAAACUCAAGGAGAAAGUGGACGCCAGCCUCGUGGAACGCAUCAACCUGAUGGGGGAGAUGGAUACGUUUAGCAUCGUGAUUUCCAACAGCAUCCAGCUUCUGGUGCAGGAUUUGGACGCCGCCUGCGAUCCGGCGCUCACCGCCAUGAGCAAGAUGCAGUGGCAGAACGUGGAGCACGUGGGGGACCAGAGCCCGUACGUCACCUCCAUCAUCCUCCACAUAAAGCAAAACGUCCCCAUCAUCCGGGAGAACCUGGCCUCCACCCGGAAGUAUUUCACCCAGUUCUGCAUCAAGUUUGCCAACUCCUUCAUCCCCAAAUUUAUUAAUCACCUCUUCAAGUGCAAGCCGAUCAGCAUGGUGGGCGCAGAGCAGCUGCUUCUGGACACCCAUUCUCUGAAGAUGGUUCUCCUGGAUUUGCCGUCCAUCGGCUCCCAGGUCGUGAGGAAGGCUCCUGCCAGCUAUACGAAGAUUGUGGUGAAAGGCAUGACUCGGGCUGAAAUGAUCCUCAAGGUGGUGAUGGCCCCGCAUGAACCUGCCGUCGUGUUUGUGGACAACUACAUCAAGCUCCUGGCCGACUGCAGCACGGACACCUUCCAGAAGAUCCUGGACAUGAAGGGGCUCAAGCGGAGCGAGCAGAGCGCCAUGCUGGAGCUCUUUCGCCAGCGGCUCCCGGCCCCUCCCUCGGGGCCCGAGAGCGCCAGCGCCGUCUCGCUGAGCGCCCCCACGCCGGAGCAGGAGUCGUCACGCAUCCGGAAACUGGAGAAGCUCAUCAAGAAACGGCUGUAGUGGGGGAGUCCCGCACACUCACCCAACCGACACCCCCGAAGCACCGGCUGUCUCUCAAAGGGAGGUUUGAGGGGGGGGAGUCUUCCCCUCCCCGAUUCCCUCCAGGUGCCUCGGCUUAAACUCACACGACUGAUCACGGGGUUUCCGAGACGGUUUUUCCCACCGAGGUGGAUCCUGCGGCUGUUGGCGUUCAAAGGCUCUUCCUGGGUCCGACCCUUGUUGACGGCCCCGUUUCAGACCCCGAGCGGGUGAGUCUCCUGUCUGUGCCGUGCACAUCCUCCCAGGUAGAGAGAAAUCCAUCCUGUAUCUUCUGAUUCACACACACACACACACACACUCCUUUUUCUCCGUGGGGUUUCUGUACUGGGAGGGAUGGAACGAGUGUUCAAAUACGUGCCUCCCACAUUCACCGGAGACACGACAGCCCAGCAUGAGCCGUGCUCUCUGGCACCCUCAACCCAUUUCUGUUCUCUCCUCCAAGGAUUUAGAAGGCAUUAGGGAUUUUUAGUAGAGGCCGGACUAAGGCCUCGGGGCUGCACGUUGCCGACCCUCUCUGCGAUCUACUGUAUCGGUCCUUUGGCCCACUUGGCUACCAACGGAGGUGUUUACCCGGGACGCAGAUCGGCUGUGUAAAAAGACACCUAACCGAGGCGGGUGUGACCGACGCCGCCCAUAUAUUUUAUAGGUGGCCUUGUGGCUGCCGAGGACAAACGGAAGACCUCACGGGAGUGUGUCAGCUGCUCCCGGAUGGCUUUCCCUCUCAAACUCCGGCUUCAGAUAUUACAAAACCCGGAAGGCAGCUGACACACGCACACCUUUCGAUAAUAUUAUAGCUAUGUAGAGGUUCCUCCAAAAAUGAAGGAAACCCAGAUUGUUAAAGAGGACGAAUUGUCUGGAUGGCCGCCUUUCUGCAGUGUAAAUAAAUCUCGUCCUUCCCUCUUAAAAACAAAAAGCACUUAACAUACAAACACAACCCUUGGAUGUAAAGUAUUCCUUCUUAUUUAUCGAGCUCCCGGGUUGUGGAUGGUGAGGAAGUGGUACAUUUUCUAUUAAUAAAUGGGCCGAUCCUGGCUGCAGGUUUGGCUCCAGACUCUCACA